CUACAAGUCAAAACAAGUACUACAAGCAAACAUGCACGGCUCCGAUUGUCCCAAGUGCGGCGCUACCGGCCAAAGUGACAAGACCUGCUCUUCUUGCGGAGCUGUAUGUACCCCACUUAUUCGCUUUGCCUUUUCUCACGUUCAACUGAAGCCACCUUGGCUUGAGCAACUGUUGAUCAGAUCGUUCUAUGCUAACAAAUUCAUCUAGUCUUGCCCCAACUAGAUCUCCUCUCUCUCAGCCUCGGCCCGCCUGCUCUGCGACUCCACAACUCUCGCGAGGCUUUGAUAUUAUGGACAAUCGAUGGUGGCAUGGCUG